AUGGGCUCUGCAGGUACUCCAACCGACCCCCAGGAAUAUCAGAAGAUCUUCCACUGGGCGGAGACACAGAAGGACGGUGAAAUCCCCUCCUUUUCCACCCGCCGGAACGACCCUUAUGAGUAUCAAGCUGGAUUUGGUAACACAUUUAUCUCCGAGGCUGUGCCCGGAACGAUUCCCCACGGACAGAACAGUCCUCGUAAUGUGCGCUUUGGUUUGUACGCAGAGCAGGUAACAGCCACUGCUUUUGUGGCCCCGAGACAUGCCAACAAGAAGGCCUGGCUAUACCGUGCUCGUCCGGCGGUGGCCCAUCAAGGAUUUACCAACCUCCCAGACAACCCCGACACAGAGGCCACUUUCUUGCCCUUGAACCCGCGGGUCCACGUCUCCCCCACCCAGCUGGCAUGGCAUCCGUUUGAUAUCCCCUCCGACGAACCGGUGGACUUCGUCACCGGUCUGAAGACCGUCGCUGGAUCGGGAGACCCGACUCUCCGCGAGGGCCUCGCCACUCACGUCUACACUGCAAACACCAGCAUGACCCAGAAAGCCUUUGUGAAUUCCGACGGCGAGAUGCUCAUCGUCCCCCAGCAGGGAGCUCUGGACAUCCAGACCGAAUUCGGUCCACUGUUCGUCCAACCGGGUGAGAUCGUCGUGAUCCCACGCGGCAUCCGGUUCCGCGUCGAAGUUCCCGACGGGCCUUCUCGCGGCUACAUCCUCGAAAUCUGGGGCUCUUGCUAUGAACUCCCCGAACUGGGCCCACUGGGUGCCAACGGCCUCGCCAACACGCGCGACUUCCUCACCCCAGUGGCCAAGUAUGAGAUUCGCCAGGAGCCGUGGGAAAUCGUGUACAAGCUCGGGGGCAAGUUCUUCGCCAGCACGCAGAACCACAGCCCGUUCGACGUUGUGGCCUGGCACGGUAACUAUGUCCCCUACAAAUACGACAUGACGAAGUUCGUCAACGUCGGCUCGAUCUCCGUCGACCACAUCGAUCCCUCCAUCUUCUGCGUCCUGACCGCGAAAUCCCGCGACCCGACGGCCCCUCUCGCCGACUUCCUCAUCUUCUCCCCCCGCUGGGACGUCGCAUCCAACACCUACCGCCCACCCUACUACCACCGCAACGCCGCCUCAGAGCUCAUGGGCCUCGUCUACGGCGACUACGGCGGCCGGUCCGACGCCUUCAAACCGGGCAGUAUCUCCUUCGAAUGCGGCAUGGUCCCCCACGGUGUCGCCUACGAAGAAUUCAAAGCAGCCUCCGAGGCCCCACCACCGGUGAUGCGCAUCUCGGAGGCAUCCAUCGCCAUCAUGUUCGAGUCGUCCCGCGCCUUCACCAUCACCGACUACGCAUGGAACAGCCAGAAGCGCCACGAGCAUGAGCCGGCCAUGUGGGAUAAUCUGGUGGAUAACUUCUCGAAGCACAAGGAUGAGGUGGAGGCGCUUUUGGCGAAGAAGGCCAGUGGUUUGAGGGUUUGA